AUGUGGGUUGGUGAAAGUAUUGGGUUCUUAUUAGCUCCUCCUCCUCCUCCUCCCUCCCUGCCUCCCACCCUCUCUCUCUCUCUCUCUCUCUCUCUCUCUCUCUCUCUCUCUCUCUCCAUGCAUAUUGAUAUGUCUUCGAUGGUCUGUUUAUGUUUGGUGAUUCAUUGAUAUUGAGCAGUGGGGACCGUAAGGAACAGAGAAUUAUAAGAGGCUUUUUUAUUGAGUUCAUACGCUAGAGAUGGGGGCUGAAGGAGAAAAGGAAACAAUUGAACUUGAAGAUGGUAUAAGGACCAAUGAUAUUGGAUCCUCUAGCAAUUCAGUAGUAAAAGUUCCUUCUGGAGAACCUGAGAAGAUGCAGGAUCAGCAUGAGAGCGAGAAGAGUGGGAAGAAGGGUGACGGCAAGUAUACCGUGCCAUUUUACAAGCUGUUCGUAUUUGCAGACUCAACUGAUAUAAUUUUGAUGAUCUUGGGGACUGUGGGUGCGGUCGCAAAUGGGCUCGCACUGCCACUUAUGACAGUUCUCAUGGGAGACUUGAUUGCAUCUUUUGGAGGAGCUUCAGACAUCCAUGAUGUAGUUCAUAGAGUUUCCAAGGUAGCGCUUGAGUUUGUCUAUCUAGCAAUUGGAUCAGGCGUGGCAUCUUUCUUCCAGGUGGCUUGUUGGAUGGCUACUGGAGAAAGACAGGCUGCACGAAUACGAAAUUUAUACCUGAAAACCAUACUACGGCAAGAAAUUGGAUUCUUUGACAAGGAAACCAAUACAGGAGAAGUUGUUGAGAGAAUGUCAGGUGACACUGUCCUCAUUCAAGAUGCCAUGGGUGAAAAGGUUGGUAAGUUCAUUCAGUUAACAUCAACUUUCAUCGGAGGUUUUGCGGUUGCCUUUGUUCAAGGGUGGCUUCUCAGCCUCGUUAUGCUUGCCACACUUCCUCCACUUGUGGUUGCUGGAGGAGUCAUGUCCACCGUUGUAUCCAAGAUGGCAUCCCGUGGACAGGCAGCUUAUGGAGAAGCAGCAGUUGUUGUGGAACAGACCAUUGGCUCAAUUAGAACAGUUGCUUCUUUUACUGGGGAAAAGCAUGCAGUGCACAAAUACGGUGAAUCUCUGAAAAGUGCUUACAGUUCAAGUGUUCAGGAAGGUCUGGCUGCUGGAUUAGGUCUUGGCACAGUCAUGCUCUUCUUCUUCUGUGGGUAUUCUUUGGGCAUAUGGUAUGGAGCAAAACUGAUAUUGGACAAAGGUUACACAGGUGCUGACGUCAUUAACGUGAUAUUUGCAGUCCUGACUGGCUCUUUCUCUUUAGGGCAGGCAUCACCAUGCAUGACAGCAUUUGCAGCAGGUCAAGCUGCAGCAUAUAAGAUGUUUCAGACAAUCAACAGAAAGCCAGAAAUAGAUGCUUAUGACACAAGUGGAAAGAAGCCCAAUGACAUCCAAGGAGACAUAGAAUUUAGAGAAGUUUAUUUCAGUUAUCCUGCCAGACCAGACGAGCAAAUCUUCCAUGGAUUCUCUCUGUUUAUAGAAAAUGGAAUGACUGUGGCCUUGGUUGGAGAGAGUGGAAGUGGAAAGUCCACUGUCGUCAGUUUGAUAGAAAGAUUUUAUGACCCACAGGCUGGUGAAGUUCUCAUUGAUGGUAUAAAUAUCAAGGAGUACCAACUGAGAUGGCUUAGAGGCAAAAUUGGGCUUGUCAGUCAGGAACCAGUCCUAUUUGCUUCUAGCAUUAGAGAUAACAUAGCUUACGGAAAAGAUAAUGCAACUACUGAAGAAAUCAGAGCUGCAGCUGAGCUAGCUAAUGCUGCCAAGUUCAUUGAUAAAAUGCCUCAGGGAAUUGACACGAUGGUUGGUGAGCAUGGAACUCAGCUAUCUGGUGGGCAGAAGCAAAGAAUUGCCAUUGCAAGAGCAAUUCUGAAAAAUCCACGAAUUUUACUUUUAGAUGAAGCCACAAGCGCUCUAGAUGCAGAGUCUGAACACGUUGUGCAGGAGGCACUUGAUAGGGUCAUGACAAACCGAACAACAAUAGUAGUUGCUCACCGUUUGAGCACUGUGAGGAAUGCCGACACAAUAGCCGUCAUCCAUCGAGGAUCGAUUGUUGAAAAAGGUUCACAUUCAGAGCUGUUGAAGGAUCCAGAUGGCGCUUAUUGCCAACUCAUACGCUUGCAGGAAAUGAACAAAGAAUCAGAUAAUACAACCGGACCAGACCAGGACAAAUCUGAUAUCGGGGAUUCAGGAAGGCGCUCUAGCAAAAAACUGUCCUUCACCCGUUCGGUUAGCCGAGGAUCAUCUAAAGGGCAAAGUAGUGGCCACUCGUUCCAAAUGGCACUUGGUAUGCCUAUAGGAAUUGAUAUCCAAGCAAGUACAACAGAGCAAACAAACAUUCUAGAAACUGAAAUGCCUCCUCAAGAACAAAAAGAAGUACCACUCCGCCGCCUUGCAUACCUUAACAAACCAGAGCUCCCAGUGUUUCUACUUGGUUCGAUUGCUGCCAUCGUCAAUGGAGUCAUAUUGCCAAUAUUCGCAAUACUCUUAUCCAAUGUGAUAAAUGCAUUUUACGAGCCACCCCACAAGCUCAAGAAGGAUUCCAAUUUUUGGUCAUUAAUGUUCCUGGUUUUUGGUUUAGUGUCCUUACUUGCACUUCCAGCUAGAUCAUACUUCUUUGCUAUUGCUGGCUCCAAAUUGAUAAGAAGAAUAAGAUUAAUGACGUUCGAGAAGGUGAUUAACAUGGAGAUAGAAUGGUUUGAUAAAGCUGAGAACUCCAGUGGAACAAUUGGGGCAAGAUUAUCAGCAGAUGCAGCCACAGUUAGGAGUCUUGUGGGUGAUGCACUUGCACUACUUGUUCAGAACACUGCCAGUAUGGUCUCUGGUUUGCUGAUUGCUUUUCUUGCCAAUUGGCAACUAUCUCUUAUUAUCUUGGCUUUGAUACCUCUCAUAGGCCUCAAUGGAUAUAUCCAGAUGAAGUUUAUAAAGGGAUUCAGUGCAGAUGCAAAGAUGAUGUACGAGGAAGCAAGUCAAGUUGCUAAUGAUGCAGUGGGAAGUAUAAGAACAGUUGCUUCAUUUUCGGCUGAGGAAAAGGUAAUCAAACUGUACAAAGAAAAAUGUGAAGGCCCUUUGAGAACAGGAAUCAGGCAAGGGAUAAUCAGUGGAAUUGGUUUUGGAAUCUCGUUUUUCUUGUUAUUUUGUGUGUAUGCAACCAGCUUUUAUGUUGGAGCUCGGCUUGUGGAGGAUGGGAAGACGACUUUUUCAAAAGUUUUUCGAGUUUUCUUUGCUCUUUCUAUGGCAGCCAUUGGAAUUUCUCAGUCAAGCUCCAUUGCACCAGACUCUACCAAAGCCAAAUCUGCUACAGCUUCGGUGUUCUCCAUUCUUGAUCGGAAGUCUAAGAUAGACCCAAGUGAUGAUUCUGGGAUGACCUUAGAAAGAGUGAAGGGCAACAUCGAGUUUCAGCAUGUCAGCUUCAGCUAUCCUGCAAGGCCAAAUGUCCAAAUCUUCCAAGAUUUAUGCUUGGCUAUACAUGCUGGAAAGACUGUUGCACUUGUUGGGGAGAGUGGCUGUGGAAAAUCGACUGCCAUAUCAUUGUUGCAAAGAUUUUAUGACCCUGAUUCGGGUCAGAUAUUGCUAGAUGGAAUUGAAAUACAAAGGUUCCAGCUGAGGUGGUUGAGGCAACAGAUGGGUCUGGUGAGUCAAGAACCAUCCCUGUUCAAUGAGACAAUCCGAGCCAAUAUUGCUUAUGGAAAGGAAGGGCAGGCCACCGAAGCUGAGAUCAUAGCUUCUGCAGAGCUAGCAAAUGCUCACAAGUUCAUUAGUAGUUUGCAGAAGGGUUAUGACACAUUAGUUGGAGAGCGAGGUACCCAGCUAUCAGGAGGGCAGAAACAGCGUGUAGCAAUCGCACGUGCCAUAGUGAAAGAUCCCAAAAUCUUAUUACUAGAUGAGGCAACUAGUGCACUUGAUGCUGAAUCUGAGCGAGUUGUUCAAGAUGCAUUGGAUCGAGUAAUGGUCAAUCGAACCACGAUUGUUAUAGCCCAUCGGUUAUCUACAAUAAAAGGUGCAGAUGUGAUUGCAGUGGUCAAAAAUGGAAUGAUCAUAGAGAAAGGGAAGCAUGAAACACUUAUUAAUAUCAAGGAUGGGGCUUACGCUUCUUUAGUAGCGCUUCACUCAAGAGCCUCUUCAUAGCAUAUGGCACUUCAGGCAGUCCAUGUUUUACCCUGUUUGCAUUUUUAUUGAGGAGCAUCCCAGGUGUCAAUUUUGUUUGGUAUCCCUGUAUCUCUCAUGCAACUCUAAAUUCAUGCAAUCCUCAUAAUGUAACCAUUUUAGCCUCUCACUGCAAAAUGUGGUUAAGAAAAAAAUCUAUAUACCACAUAUAAAGCUUGUUAUUGUGAUUGUCAUGUAUCUUGUUUUUUUGCAACUCUAUGGGAGUAAAUUCAAACACAAGUUAAUCA